CCAGCCAUGCUGUACUGUGUGGCUGUGCCAGGAACAGAAAUAUCACGUAGCCUAUCCCCAAGCCACACGCUCAGGAAAAGGAAUCUAGCACGAUCAAGCAGCACCAGAGGAGGCAGGAUGUUCCGAGCACUGAAGCAUGUCGUCGUCGUGUCGAGGGCGAAGGCGAAGAAGCGCCGAGCAGUGCCAGCCUUGUCGUCCUUCGCGAGCCACUUCUCCGCGGCCUCUACCGCGCAGAGGUUAGCCGGGAAGGUGGCCGUGAUCACCGGCGGCGCCAGCGGCAUCGGCAAGGCGACGGCCAUGGAGUUCGUCAGGAACGGCGCCAAGGUCGUCCUCGCCGACGUCCAGGACGACCUGGGCCGCGCCGUGGCGGCCGAGCUCGGCGCCGACUCGGCGUGCUACACGCGGUGCGACGUGGCCGACGAGGCGCAGGUCGCCGCGGCCGUGGACCUGGUCGUCGCGCAGCACGGCCGCCUCGACGUCAUGUUCAACAACGCCGGCAUCAGCGGCGCCCUCACGCCCGUCCCUCUCGGCUUCCUCGACCUCGCCGACUUCGACCGCGUCAUGGCGGUCAACGCGCGGGCCAUGCUCGCCGGCGUGAAGCACGCGGCCCGCGUCAUGACACCGCGUCGCAGAGGCAGCAUCAUCUGCACGGCCAGCACCGCGGGGGUGCUGGGCAGCGUGGCGCCGCACCCGUACAGCGUGUCCAAGGCGGCGGUGCUGGGGCUCGUGCGCGCCGUGGCAGGGGAGAUGGCGCGCUCCGGGGUGCGCGUGAACGCCAUGUCGCCCAGCUACAUCCCGACGCCGCUGGUGAUGCGCACCCUGGAGGAGUGGUACCCGAAGGCGACCGUCGACGAGCGUCGGCGGAUCGUGGAGCAGGACGUCAACGAGAUGGAAGGGACGGUGCUGGAGGCCGAGGACGUGGCCAAGGCCGCGCUGUACCUGGCGUCCGACGAGGCCAAGUACGUGAACGGCCACAACCUCGUUGUCGACGGCGGGUACACGGUGGGGAAGGCGCCCAACAUGCCGGCACCGGCGCAGUAAGAGUCGAUCAGCGGACGGUACACGGUCUAUUAAUUCGGGAGUUCAAAAAUGAAGUUAUGGUGUGUUGCUGCACCUGAACAAUCGAGCGUUUUUCUCUUCAGAAGUGAACUGGGAGAACAAUUCUUCCUCAAGAAAUGAACUCCCAUCUUCCACCAGGGUCCCUCACACAGACGUAUAUGUCUGAACUCUGAAUUAUAGUCGUAGAUGUUAUUCUUCUUUCCGUGUUGCUUGUAUCUGUAGGAGCUUGAUAUUUUUUUUCCUUUUGACGGGAUGGUAGGAGCUUGAUGGGUUCUACCACUCGAUUAAGGAAUAUGGUUUGAUUAUCCGGCUUCAACAGCAAGAUUCAGAAUAGAUGUUCAAGUUUCCGAUGC